AUUGAUCUAUUAAUAGCUGGGAAAAACACACUCCCACAAAAUACCAUGACAUUUAUAAAAGCCUUGGAAGAUUAACUAAAUAUAUUUAUUUCGAAUUUUCUACAGAGAUCCUUAAUUGUAUCCUGAGCAAUUAGUAAGUUGCAAGUACUCAGAAAGCGACAAAUUAUCUCCCUUCGCAGGUGGAAGUGACAUAUCCUCUUAGUGAGCGCUUUGUCGACGUUACGAGCGUGUAGCUACCCUCAAAGAUGACAGAAAUCAAGAGACUUCCCGCACUUACACUUAUUUUACUGGUUUUGAUUUAUGGCCAAGAAAUCGAAGGAAGGAAAGUCCUGUUGCAGGACAUCAACGUGAUCACUCUAAAUCGUGGACAGAUGACGACCGCGAGGAGGUCUUCCCCAGUCGCUCAGUUGAAAUGCACUGGCGGAUCAGCAGGAUGUCGGUCCGUCAUUCCACAGACCGUCCAGUGUUACAACAGAGGUUGGGACGGCUACGAUAUCCAGUGGGAAUGUAAAACGGACAUGGACAAAAGGUAUCGCUUCGGACAGAUCGUUGUCUCGUGCGAAGGUUACGAGUAUGCUGACGACCCUUACAUCCUGGCUGGCUCUUGCGGUCUGGAAUACGACAUUGACUACGUAAACCAGAAAGGCUCAGGCAGUUACUUCAACCAUUACUCGUCGAAACACGAAUCGGGUUUUGGGUUCGGCUCAAUUUUCACUUUCCUGUUUGUUAUUAUGAUUAUCUUCUUCGUGUAUCGUACUUGUUUUGCAACACCUACCAAUCCAUCAUCGUUUCCCGGAGGCGCACAAAGCGGGUCAACUCCAAGUGCCCCUCCACCGCCAUACGGUUUCAGAUCCGAUUACUGCUCAGGCCAGGAUGCUCCACCUCCGUACAGCUCCACAUCUCACAGUAAUACCGGACAACAGCCUGGAUUUUUCAGUGGUCUAGCUUCUGGUGCAUUUCUCGGCUACCUUUUUGGAAACAGAGGUGGUUACCGCUCGAACUCUUAUUACAAUGAUGGGUAUCAAAGAGACUGGUUUGGGUCACCAACAGGUUAUCAUUCUGGCCCCUCAAGUAGCUUCAGCAGCUCCGAAACUCGAACAGCCUCUGGAUUUGGUGGAACUAAACGCCGUUAAAGAUCUAUCUUAAACUGUGAAAAAUUUAAAAUUUAUUCUUGUUUUUUUGCCUUAAUUGUAUACCAAUUAGGGCUGACAAUCUUGUUUUACCAUUAUAUUUGAGAAUAUUCCAUCAGAUUGUUUAUAUAGAUGUGACAUUUUGCUUUAUUGUCCCUAAUUUCACAGUACCCCCACCUCCCCAGUCUAUGAUCAAUACCAUAAGCAAAACUUGUCUUUUUCCUUGUUUUUCUAAAAAAAGAAAUUUUGAAUAUUAUAUUUUUUUCUAAAUUCUUUUGUCAUUCUUGUUUUUUUUUUUCUUUCUUUAAUCCAACCCGAACAAAAGAAGUGUUGUGCGAUCUUGACAUUUUGGAUUUAAAAAUAACUCUCCUCAAGUUUUCUCUUUUCUGCCAUUAAGCUUAAUCAUUUGUAAACAAUUUGAAACAUCAGAAGGUGGAAAAAAGCAUUUAAAUCUUCCAUUUUUUUUUAAUGAACAAUUCUAAAACAAUGUAAUAUAAUUAAUUAGCAAGUGUUGAACAAAGUCGUUAAUUUUUUAAUACUAAUUUUUGCUUUGUUCGGAUACUUAAUCCCAUUUGUAGUGGUCUAAGAAUUUAAGUCGUCGAUUUAUUCACACAAAAGUGAAUUAAAAAAUGUGUAUAUAGUUGUUUUUAAGAUUCUAAAUGUCAAGAUCACUUUUAUGAAGUGGUUCUUAUGAUCUAUUUAACUUUCAUUAUUUGUAUACUUUAUUUUUCUGUAUUUUUAGAUCGCCCCCUCCCCAAACGUACCAUAUUUAUUUGUAUAUAAGUAACACUAUUUUGAUUUUCAACUGAAAAACAAGAAUUAGGUUAUGACUUAUAAGUGAGUAAAUAUGGUAAUUAACAAAACCUCUUAAACGAAAUACUGACGUGUC